UUUCAUAUCGACAACCGUUUACUGGUACUUAACCGAUGAACCAACAACGCUCGCAGGUUUGUCGGAGAGCGACUAGGGAAAGGGCAAUAAUAUAAUGGAAGAUCCAGAAGAAAUAGAUUUUGAUGAACAGUUACGCCAGGAAGAAUAUGUCAAGAAAAAAGAAGAAGACUUUAUAGCUAAAGAACAGACAUACACAGACAAGGAUGGCACUGUAUUUGAAUGGGAUGAAGACAAGAAAGCUUGGUUUCCAAAAAUUGAUGAUGACUUCUUAGCACAGUACCAGAUGAACUAUGGAGUUUCAUCAGACAAAGAUGGUUCUUCUGAUGCAACGAAUGUGUCAUCGGCUGAAGCUAGUACUGCCCCAUCAUGGGACACUAAAAACCCACCAGACCCUAAUGACCCCAACUAUCAGUACUGGUACUGGUACCAUUAUUAUCCCACAGUGACCCAAAAAGGGACAUGUGGUGAAUCAGGUGCUGAGCAAAAAACAAGAGAUCCUGAAAUUUCAUUGAAGUCUGACACAAAUGACCAAGCCCAAGGGGAGGUAGAGAAAUCAGAACAAAAAAGCGGAGCUGAUGGUGCAUCAACAAACAGUCAAAUUCCAGAUCCCAGUGAUCCCAAUUAUGCAUAUUGGUAUUAUUAUUACUAUGGACAUCCGGGUCAGACAGAAGGGAAGACAAAAAAAUCUGCAAAAAGUGAUGAUAAGGAUUGGGCAGAUGCACACUCACGUCUAGACUAUUAUGAUAACCACUUUGCUAACUACAGUGGUGCUCAAGGUGAUGGAGAGAAUAAGGACAGCACUGGAGAUGACUCUGGCCAAGACAAGGGGAAGGGAAAGAAAGGGGAGAAGAGGAAAGCACCAGCUCAUCAUGAACCACCAAGUGAGUUAUCUAAAACUUAUUUGAAUUUAUAA